UGAUGGCCAGGUCAAGGUGAGACUGAGGAGCCGGAAAAGGGAAUCAACCAAGAUGCCCGUCGCCCCCGGACUGAUAAGGUAUGUCUUUCUGCAUUGCUUUUUUCCCUUGUUGGGAUGCACGACAGGUUCCCAUGCGACUGAUGGUUGGUUUCACAUACGCUGCACUGCUCGCUAGGAGUCCUGCAAAGUCACCUUUUCCUGGUGUCUGGUGCAGUCGCGUACGUACCUCUCGCAUAGCGCGUACAGACUGCAUAUGAUCCUUCUGCUUGUGCGCCCGAUAAGCAUCCCGGGAAUUGAUCCAUCACCGUGUUUGGAAGUAUUGAAUAUGGACCUCCUGGAGAUGGAAAGAGUGCGUGUCUUACGGCUGGAUAUUACACCCGUGACAACCCCUUCAUCCUCCGUUGCCUUGCUUGACCGAAGCAUGGCCAUUGUUUGCCGAUCUGUGUGGAGUCACCUACCUACCCAUCUCACUAGGGAGCGCCAUGUUUGACAUCGCACCCCGAGCGGCUCUGGCCGCGCCCACGGACCCUGGCAUCAUACGGGUCCAGAGCGCAGUGAUCCUGGUGGCUUCCAUCUUAGCUUGUGUCGGAGCGGGUUGGAUCAUGGCGAGCUUUAUGGCCUUCUCCAACCUUCGGACUUUCCGUCACCACCUGAUCUUCGGUCUGGCCAUCAGCGACUGCGUUAUGGCGCUCAACUUCCUCGUGUCAUCGUCCAUGAAUGUCGGCGGGAGAUGGAUCGGCGCACCUGAGAACGCUCGCUUUUGCAGCUUCAACGGGUUCAUGACCCAGGUGUUCGUCAUUCAGACUGAUUAUUGGGUGCUGACCAUUGCCAUCUGCACAUAUUUUGUCCUGGCCGACCACAAGCGCUCCUCGUCGUGGGUCCAGGAUCAUCUGCCGGUCAUCUGGGCAUUGCCCUGGUUGCUCUCGAUUACAUGGGCUGCUAUCGGGCUGGGCGUUACUGGUUAUGGCGAUAUCGGAGCGUGGUGUUGGUUCACCUCGGACGAGGUUCGGCUGCUGGUUAACUUCGUCCCACGUUGGGUGAUCGUUGCGGCCAUGUUCUUGAUGUAUGCGAGGCUGUACUUCCUGCUGUUCCGCGCUCACCGCCACAUGGCCUCGCUCGAGGCCUCCGGCAGCCUAAGCGGCUCAGGCUCUCGUCAACUCGAUACGAAUGGCCACACUAGCAGUCAACCUGAAAUGUCUGGAAACACGUCCAGACACACCCGCAAGCUGAAGAAGCUUGCUCGUCUGAUGCUUCUGUAUCCGCUGGCAUACUCCGUCAUCUGGUCGCUUCCGACGACGAUCAGAAUCUACCAGACCAUCACCGGCGAGCCAGCGCCGUGGCAGAUCCAGACGCUCGACAAGGCAUGCAUUGUCGUGCAGGGCUUCGUCGACGCCGUCAUCUAUGGCGCCACCGAGAGCUCCCUCUCCAGCUGGCGCAAUCUGUUCUUCCCACGGAAGUUUCCAAUUCUCAACGGCAAUGACGGCACGGUCGCGCCGGCCACCACCUACGGCGACGGCCUCGACAAGGCACGCGGCACUCGCCGCAAGUAG